UUAAAGGAAUAUUCCUUGCCAGACCAUCUCUCUCCUAAUAUGGUAGCUAUAACCAUACAUAUACUUUCCAUGUUUAGCAAAACAUGGACAAAUGUUUUGAUAUGGUCAAUAUUGAUAACUUAAAAAUAUAGUGCUCAAUCCCAGUAAGCUGCCAUCUUUUAAGAUUUCACUCAGGAAGUGAUGUCAUCGACUCUCAACUUUGCAUAUAGCAUUAGGUAAAGAGCUAUUGGAAUUACAAAACCAGUAGAAUAUUUUUUUCAAUUUGGUCUAUGAUUUAAAUCCUUCUGGUGAUCUCUUCUUUAAUUCUGGGUUGACAAGCCCUGAAAAUAUUUUUGCACAGAAGAUAAGGGAUUCUUGUCAAGAAGUAAUUUUGUGCUUCUUUCCUAUACUGUAAUAGGCAAGGUUAUAACAGGUGAGAGUCGAUGACAUCACUUCCUUAAUGAAGUUUUAAAAGAUGGCAGCUUACUGGAAAUGAGUAAUACAAUUUUGAAUUAACAAUAUUGACCAUUUCAAAUUUUUUUUUCGUGUUUUGCUAAAUAUGGAGAGUAUAUAUAUGAUUAUAGCUACCAUAUAAGGAGAUAAAUAGUCUGGAAAGGAAUAUUCCUUUAAUUAAUGUAAUCAAUAUAUCAUUUUUAGUUCUGAACCAACACUGGGAGGACUAGAUUUUUGGCAGCAGGAUUUGUGGAGCUCUGCAGGUAAAAUGUACCAUAUCCUUGAGCGCUGGAUAAACUCUGAUACUCUGACUGUCCAGACUGCACUGAAUGACAAGUUCAGGUUUGAGCCAGACAUUGAGAAGGUGUUAUCAUAUGCCCCUUGGGUGCAUUCAGAGAGUGCAGAGAUGGAGGAUAUAAGAGUGAAAUUGGCAACAGAACUAAUCAAUGAGCAGGGGAUAUGUAAAGCAAGCAAGAUGUAUGAGAAGAUAUCAAUGAAGCCUGCAAGAAUAUCUGCUCACUUUAGAGCUUUACAUGGAAAGGUAUGUGAACACAUUACGAUUACAGUUUAUAUGCUUGUUUAUAUCCUUGGCAAAUAUGAUAUCAUAUU